AUAGGCAUUGAUACAACUUUGUUUAUUAGUGAUUUACCGAUUUGUUUGUUAGGGAGACAAUUUAGUUUUAACAAUUGAUUAAAUUACAUUAAAUAAUUAUUGGUCCGAAUAGCAGAAAUUUCAUUUUAAUAGUAAAUAGUUCUUAAUGUUACAAUAAUAAAGGCGAAAUUUAUUGAUUGAAGAUUACGUACCUCACGAAAAUAUUGAAUAUUGUUGUCGAUAAAUAUAUAACAAUCGUGUGCACUUAGGGUUAAAUAUAAGACGGAAAAUGAUAAGACAUCAUCAGUAGUCAUUAAGACGUCUCAGUUAUUAGGCCUCUAAUAAAAAUGAAGUGUGAAAUAUUCCUGACAGUAUUUACGCUAGUCGUAUAUACUAAAUCAGACUUUAGUGAUAGUGUUGGACAUAGUAAUAUUAAACUUUUUGAAAAUGUUGCAUCAGAAACGGAGGAAAAUUUCGUGAUAUCACCUCUGAGCGUGUGGAGUCUGAUGACGACGCUAAGUUUUGAAGCUGGUGGAAAAAGUAGAACUCAAAUUAAAAAAGCAUUUUUCUUGCCAAAGGAAAGCAGAUUAGUUAAAAAUGAAUAUAUAAAUUUAACUAACACUGUACAAGAAGCCAGCGAAGGUGUGAGAUUAGCCAUGAAGAGUUUUUUAUUUAUUAAUAAAGAUAUGAAAAUUAAGAAUAAAUUCUUCGAAAGGAUGAAGAGAAAUAAUUGUUCGAGAACCGUAGCAAAAUUUCUUGAUUUCUCCUCGAAUCAAACAGCAAUAGAAGCUAACAGUUUAAUUAAUGAAUAUACAAACCUUUCUAAUGUUCUAAAUGAAAAAUACUUUGAGAGGUCAAAAAUUAUACUUACGAAUGUAAUUUCAUUCAAAGGUCUUUGGUCAUCGGCGUUUAACGAAAGUGAUACAACAGUGGAGCCAUUUUAUGAUGAAUACGGUAAAGAAAUUGGUAAAGUUAACAUGAUGAAUCAGAAAUAUCCGUUUCCAUAUUCAAAUAUGUAUGAGAUGAGUUCUAUGGUUUUGGAAAUGCCUUAUGGAAACGAUCAAAAAUAUUGUAUGCUAAUACUCUUGCCUCACCCAUCCGUCACUGUGCGAGAAGUUUACGAGAGCUUCCAAAACGUGUCAUUCAGGGAUAUUUUCAUAAAACUUAAAAGCGAUGAAGAAGAAUUUGAUUUAACUGAAGUCGACGUUAAGAUACCGAGGUUCAAAAUAGACACAAACGUUGUCAUAAACAAGGCGUUGAACAGUAUGGGGGUGUAUGAUAUAUUUGAACCAGGUCUCGCUAACUUCAAGAGGAUGACUGACGAAGAAGUUUAUAUCUCAUCGAUUAUACAUAAAGCUGACAUAGAAGUCACUGAGUCUGGUACUGUGGCGUCGGCCUCGUCUACAUCGAUAUUCGAAAAUCGUAUAGUUACACCUAUUUUUACUGCCAACAAGCCUUUCAUUUUCUUGAUAAUGGAAAAACCGACAGCAACCGUCCUUUUCAGUGGUAUUUAUUCUAAGCCAAUACAAUUUUAAACGAAACUUGAGUUUGUUUGACAAAAAACAUGGUAAUUAUUGUGAUUUGUACAAAAUACCUACUUAAUAUUUACUUAUUUAAGAAAUAUUUAUUUCCCGUGAUUUCCCAAAGGCGAUAACAAAGUAAUAUUUAUAAUAUAAACAAAUAGAUAAUGAACCUUAAAAUAAUUAUUCCAUAUUGUUCAUCAUAAUUUUAUGUUUCUACUAAAUUGUAUUUUGAAUUUAGAAUUUUUUAAACUUAGUCUCGUGAAAAUUAACUUUCUUAUUUAUAUAUAGUUUAAGAGUGAAUAGAAUUGAUUCUAAGAGAUGUAAUAUAUUAUAUGUAAUGUAUAAAUGAAAUAAAAUAAUUUGUCCCAAACAUUCUUUUGUAUUCGAAGAAGCUAAUAUCGAAAGCUUUGCAGUAAAACGGUAAUACCUACCUGUAGUAUGGGAUAUUCAAUUACUUCGAUUAAAUAAUCGUAAAGUAUUUUGUCUUAUCGCUAUUGUGUAGAAUAACUUAGUAGGGCGUUUGAAAUAUACAUCAUCAUCAGCCUAUCGGAGCCCACUGCUGAACAAAGGCCUAUUCUCACAUGGAGAAGGUUAGAGCAUUAAUCACCACGCUUGCUCAAGACGGGUUGGCGAUUUCAACCUUAUAAUUUGAAAUUAUGAAAUCAGGUUUCCUCACGAUAUUCUCCUUCACCGUCCGUCAGUGGUGUCUAAAUACUCUUAGAAAGUACAUAUGACUCGGAAAAGAUCACAUUGGUACUUGCCAGGUUACGGACCCGCGCCCUCACGUAUGAGACGCGGGCCUCUAACUAGAGAUAUAC